AUGUUUUGCAGUCAUACCAUUCAGAAAAACUUUGUGGAAUUAAAGUCGCUUGUGGACUAUACAAAUCGAAGAGAAUUCGGUAGGACUGCAUGUCACGAACAUCAGAGCGUUUCGGACAAGCUCACAGCACAGCGAUGCACUAAAGCUCUAAUAGCUGACACACCAGUCAAUUGUCGCUCCGUAUAUUUACUCCGACUCAAUUGUUCUGGCCGGCUUGUUGCUGCGGCACAUGGAGACCGUUCUGUUUGUGUUUAUUGCGCUUCCACUGGUCGACUACUAUUAAGAUGCAUUGGUCAUGAGAGAUCUCCUUGGACACUAACUUUUCAUCCAACACAACCCUUCUUGCUUGCGAGUGGAUGUCUUGGUGGCAAUGUACGGCUUUGGAAUUUAGAGCACUUGGCAGCACUUGGCGAUGAAAAAAUAGAGGGCACUGUGGAACUGUCAUCUGUAUGCGUUUGGAAGCACACGGGUGCAAUCGCAUCACUUGCUUUCCAUCCAGUUCACCCCAUACUAGUAGCAGCAUGGACUCAAGAAGUGGUCUUUUAUGACUGGGUAUCUGGUCGGAUACUUUCGGCAUGGCGAUUUGUGUCAAAUCACUCACGCGUAAGAUGGGUAAAAUUCGCCCCUGAUGGAACAGUUUUAUACACAGCAACCGCCAAUCCAUCCAACACUGAAUCAGUCUAUGUACAUAAGCAAUCUGAUCAACCAUUUGUUAGGAGUCCAACAAAAGUAGUAGCUACCAAAUACCCUAAACAACCAUCUUAUAUCCCAGUGGAUCAUGAUGGCGUCAGUGUAACUCCCGAAGCCUCAUGUGAUCACACAGUACCUCGUGAUGCUCUUUUAGAAUAUCUUGUUAAUUGUUCUGACUCCUGGUUUCAAAGUCUCGGUAUAUGUUCUGUUUGUUCGGUUCGUUUAUGUCGGUGGGCUGGGACUCUCGGACCUAAAUUCCCAGCAACGACGACAGAUAUUCGCCUUGGAAUGUCUGUAGCACAACAAGCCGCAGCUGUUAUGGCCUCCAGUACUUCGUCCAACAUGAUGCCAUCACAUGUCCAACACCUAAUGAACCUGACAAAUCCCAAUAAUCGUUCUGAAGUGUAUGAGCGUCUCUGUCGUGAUGCUAACCCAGCUGCCGUAGCCAUAAUUGAAGAUAUGCCAGUACAUGAAUUCCUCCGCUCAAGAGGGAACUACUGUCGCUCCCCAUGUGUUGCAAUCUCGAAUAAUGGUGUAUGUUGUGGUGGUCAUGCUUGUGAUUUGGUAAUAACUCAUCGCGAGUUAAUGCGUCAUUCUUUAUGUCGACCUUGCCUCUCUUCAUUUUGGUCUUGGGCUAAUAAACAUGUUGCUUGGUGGCGGUGGUCUUUUUCUACAAAUGAUGAACAAUCUCUAAAUUCUGCGUCAAGUGCUGGUAGUAAAGCAGGUUCUGUACCAAAUCCUAUAUCCUUCGGAAAAACGAGUAAUACGGAAAAGUCUUCUCAUAUUGAACCUCCUGUUGGCAUUUGCAUUCAGUGUCAAGCUAAAAUGUCCUUACAAUUACAAUCAUCACCCAGUAUGUCACUGACAUGUAACCAAUCUCCCGUUUUACCUCAUGGAGGUGGUUCUGAACCUAAGGAAUCCGAUGUCCCGUCAGUCAAUGGAAAAACCCCUAAAUCUCUCCGCUUAAUGCCGCUUGCAGCUUUGGAUCUAUUACGCUCAAGGUUAAGUAAUGCUCAUGAAGUUACUCCAGUAACUUAUGUAGCCACCGACUUAAUCAACGACUUUGUUUUCAGUCAACACAUCAAAAAACUGUUAGUCAACGGCGGUGAUUCCGAUCUCGAUUUAUCUCAUACACUGUGGGACUCAAGUAUUACUAUACCUUACAAUCAGGCAGAACAGAUAGUCUUGUGUGCCUCUUCUUCACCUAAGCGUCGAAAAGUGGAUAAUCAAUGUCAGAACAAAAUACUUUUUAGUCACUAUGGUAGUCAAUUAUCUUUUGACAAUGCCUCAACUUUAAGACCCCUGCUCAUGGAUUCUGAUUCAAAAGAUGAAUUAUUUGAAUCUAAACUUCCGAACACUUUUCUAAAGUGUAAAUAUCGUCUACCGCAGGAGGCCUCUGAUUUAGGAGCAUACACGCGCGACAACCCUGAUAACAACUGGAAUUAUCCACGUCCUGCCACCAUUCACUACACUUCUAGUGUCAUACCUUGGAUGACAUCGUCGAUUUUCCCGUACGUCCAGACCGGUGCUUCUCUGCUAAGAUCUCCUCGUCAGCUUGGCGAUUCUCUUUCGGAAUCCACUGCUGUGGAUCAAAUCCCAGGGUUGCCAACUUCUAACAAAGCCUUUGUAAACGAUACACAGCAUGUCGACAGUUGUGAAACUGAUCAGUGUGAAGGAUCCAACCGAAGUUCAAUGACUGCGUGUUGCCGUUGUGGUCGUAUUGUUCUUCAAACCUUUCCUGUUGAUCCUCACUCAAAUAUCAGUGCAGUCGUCUGUGAAAAGCUAGUUUAUUCUGAAAAUCGGUACUCAGCUCCUAGUUCCCAGAAAACUCAUGAUAGCAUUAUUCAUUCACAAUGUUCAUCUAACCAAGAUCCCCAUACUCCCACAGAUCAUCCUUCUUAUCAGUUUGGCUUAUCGCUAUUAAGCUCUCGUCCGUCUGGUUCAACGUCUCUAUCUAACUUAUCCAGAAAUGUAGACGCUAGAAAGUCAGAAACUGUUGGAAGAUCAGUAAACGCCGUGCUUCAUUUGAUUGACCAAACUGGGAGUAAUUCUGUAUUAAAUGCGAUGAAUCGUAGUAUAACUGAAGUUAUAACUGGUCUCUUUGUUGACAUGGGUGAAUAUGGAUCCGCCUCUAGUCUUCAAGAUGUUACACAUCGUAUUUGCCGGUGGGAACUGAGUUUAUGUAGUCCUAUCUAUAACACUCCUUAUUUGUCUUCAUCUGGUGAACGUGAUUCAGCAAGAAGUGCGUGCUCACCCAUGCCAACCAAUGUUGCUGUAUCAUAUAACAAUAAUAGUCUUGUCGUUCCUCACGCUCGUUUGUUUAAUGAUUCAUCCGUCUGUCUUUCACCAGAUGGACGCCUUCUUGCUGCAUUUGUUAUUCCUCGGGAGACAUCAUGCUAUACAUUACAAUCAUCUCAGUCUUCCUCUUUACUUGGUACACUUCUCGCCGUGUAUCGUCUGCAACCGGAACAUAGUCGUGGUCAGUGUCUGUUCGCUCGCCGUUUCACUUCAUCCAGUCCUGUAUGUGUUGAUUUCAGUCCUUUAGGAGAUUUUUUGGCAGUCGGGUUAGCAACCACACGCAUACCUUCAGAACCAUUCUCUGCCACGAGUGAGUCGUCUACGCAAGAAAGUCUUUUAAGAUAUGGCAGUUCUUCAUCGCUCCAGGACCAUGCAGACCUCCGUCAGCCAAACGUUAAAUGUUCGUGCCAAAGACAAUCCUCUGUCGCGUGCGUUUUCCACCUUCAACGUUCCAAAACACAGAAGGGUGAAGUUCGUCGAAGCCUGCGUGAUAUUCAAAAUAUCAAACAUCCUGCUCUGUUGGAUCCUGUCUCGUCAAGAUAUCUUGAAUUUUCUAAUCCGUCUUCAGAAAAAUUAGAUCGUUGGCACCGGUUAUUACUUUCUGCUCAAAGUGGAAUCUCUUUGAAUACUAUCGUUUGGAAUGCUAAUGGCAGCAUUCUUUACGGUACUACCAAAGGUCUCAUCGUAAUUUCACAUGGAAAUCAAUCUUCUUCCGUAUCAAUUCUACCACUUCGUUGUACUAAGUCACAUAUGCAGUCUGUGAACGACUGCGAAAUUUCUUAUAGAAGAAAACACUUUAUAAAUCAAGCACAACCCAUUACUAGUUCCUCUAACAUUUCUGUCCCCCAGUCUCGUGCUGUAAUUUAA